AUGAGGGGCAACUGGCACAUUUGUAAUGACAACAAGUUUGAGGUCAAACCACCGUGUCUAGUCUACUCCUUUGGGAUCUGGAAUGACUGGUCGUUUGAUGACGCAAUGGGAGCUCGUGGUUGUGAAGUUCAUUCCUUUGAUCCAAGCAUCGGACUAAAGCCCUUCGACAGAAGCAAGAAUGUCCACUUCCAUGACCUUGGCCUCUCUGGGGAAGACAGCGACACGUAUGUUCCUACUAAGGACAUAUACGUCAAAAAGAGAACAACAUGGAAGAUCAGACGCCUCAAGACCAUCAUGGAGAUGCUUGGCCAUACAAAUAGACACCUGGAUUAUCUAAAGAUUGACAUAGAAACAAGCGAGUGGCCGGCAGUGAAAGACAUCGUGGAAUCUGGUCUGUUCUCCCAAAUCAGACAGUUUUCUGUAGAAUGGCACCUGUUUCCAACAUAUCCAAGUCGAUCGGAAUACGUCGGUAUUUAUGCAAGUGUCGCAGCCAUGAAGGAGCAAGGACUACGAACAUUUAGAGCCAGUUUUCAUGGAAAAGACUACCGAAACGAGACCUUCCGUUUCCAGGCAGAUGUCAACUACGUUAAUAUAUUGUAUAAAGACAAAUAA